GUUGACAAUAUGCUAAAAUUUGCCACUGAUGACGCCCACCAUGGCUCAGAAUAAAAAGACUCGCUGCCUUUGCGGUUGUCACCGCUAUCAUCCCUGGCAUCUUGCACCAUGUCGUAUACCGCCUCUGCCUCAUCGAUGCACGCGACAUCCCCAUCCUCCAUCCCCACAAUUCCAGAUGAGAACGACGAACAUACUCUGACAGGGUUCGGCGACAUCUCUCUUUCUGAUGACUGUUUCAUCCCUGGCAUUGCCUCGGAUAUUUCACCAACAAAAAAGGAUUCCUUACGACGUCCAAAAAAGCGGACGACUCCUCGAUCCCGCCCUGGAGUUCUAUCUAACAGACCUCCCCCGCCCUUGAUGGCCAAGGCAUUGAGAAGCCCAACCGAACAUCAGCAGCUCAUCAAGGCCGCUCUUGCAGAGCCCAAAGUCGAUUUCAAAGCCCUCAUCGACAGCGUUCGUCUCACAGAGGAGAGAGUCUCCAAAAUCAGCCCCAAAAAGAAGGGCGUACCGUCACCCAUUGCGAUCUUUAAACGCGUCGCCUCGUCGUCUCCAGCACCGUCACCUAGGGAGUUCACAUCGCCCACAUCGCCUAAAACACCUAAGACACCGGUACCCAAGCCAAUGACGCCCCGGACGCCGAAGCCUCCGACUAGCCCCCAGUCGCCCAAGCCAUGGCGCGGAAAUUCGCCCUUACCAAAAAGGCCACCCCUCCCUACCUGGGAUCUUGUAUAUCCUGAAUUGGCGGAUAACAAAGAGCUCGAGAAGGAGGACAAGGCGACGCAGGACAAAGUGCACGAGGAAAAGUCAUCACAGCAAACCAAGACCUAG